AUGCUAGAAGUCCACUGCUCUGGCACGCCCUAUGAGAUUGGCCAUCAACAUGGCACAGCUGCAAAAGACAGGGUUGUAGGAUCUAUCGCCUUUUACAAAGAUCUGUUCCAAGAAUCAUGCGCCAUGGACUGGGAGGCAGUACGCCAAGAGGCUCAGCAAUACAUUCAGCCUCUGCAAACACUAUUCCCACGCUAUUUCGAGGAGCUUCAAGGUUUAGCGGACGGCGCUGGCUUCGAGCUAGUUGAUAUCGUCGCUCUCAACGUUCGAACAGAGAUCACAUUCGGCUUAUAUACUCGAGUCCCGAGUGCACCUAUCCAGACCGAUGGCUGUACGAGUGCUGCAUAUCGUCAGCCAAACGGGGAGGUUCUCCUUGCGCAGAACUGGGACUGGCAGCCUGAACAAGCACCUAAUCUGUUCAUCUGUCAUAUCUCCCAGCCUGGGACAGAUAUACCCGAUAUCUCCAUGGUGACUGAAGGAGGUGUAAUUGGCAAGAUUGGUAUCAACUCCUCUGGUGUAGGCACCUGUCUAAACGCUAUCCGAGCUCGGGGUGUUGAUAACACCAAAAUUCCCAUCCAUCUCGCCCUGCGAACAGCUUUGGAAUCUCAUUCGGCGCGCGAAGCAGCCAAGAAGCUGUAUGAAGUGGGCACGGCAGGAAGUGGUCAUAUUCUCGUGUCAGAUCCAUCUGAAGCUAUAGGCUUGGAAUGCACCAGCAUAGGGAUCAAAGAGAUCAACUUUGACGGCAACGGAACACUUAUUCACACGAACCAUCUACUUCUUGACCAUCCCGGGGUGGAUGAGCCUGGCUGGAUACCCGAUUCCACGGAUCGCAUCAAGCGCAUCGCCCAGCUUCUUGAUGAGAGAUUAGACACUUCAACCAUCGACCAUUCUUCAUUCUUUGACUUUUUUAAGGAUGAGCAAGGUUAUCCAACAGCAAUCAACCGUGAUCAGUUCUCGCCCGGGAACGGCAAAGCAACACUUUUCAACAUUAAUAUGGACCUGACCAAGAGAAAAGCGAUUGUCACUAUGGGGAGGCCAACGAAUUGGACUGAGAGAAUUCAACUAUCACCAGGCUUAGCUUAG